AUGGAAAAUCUACCUGCUGAGGAAUCCACAACUCCACAGGACAGAAAAGAUGAACCUGCUUCCGAUAAUAACGACAACAACUUGCUAGCACGCAAUCAGUGGAAUAUGCAACUUGUUCAGACGCUCCGAGAUUCAGUGCCUCUUAGUACCUCCAAUGACAUCAUACGCAUGAUUAAGGAUGCAAAAAAUUCUAAGGAAGUGCGUCACCUUCUGUACAAUGUAGUUUACAAACAUCACCUUUGUUUUGAUCCACUUAAUGGACAUAGUUAUCGUGUGGCUGUUCUGCAGUCACUAACAUAUGUCGCCCCUCGCAUUCAUUGUAUGCAUGAGUGGUUUGAUUGCAUUGAUCGCUUUCGCCACUUUGGCUUCAUUCUCACUCGUACCUAUGCCGCAGAGGGAUAUACUACCAUUCGGGAAUGGCUUUCAUACUGUUUUAACUUCGAGGGGCGCACACCACGGAUAGUAACGGAGGGUAUCUCACACAUACGUGAACUUACGCAAUGGUGCCAAGAGGAUCGUCUUGUUUUUGAUCAUGUCCUGUACACACGCAUUGUGUUUCUGCUAACGAUGGUGGUAAGUUUUUUUGAUCGUCAAAACAUGUACCGGGCGUCGUUUCCAGCUGAUUUUUCCAAGCGUGAUGGAGUUGUUGUCGAAUGGGUUGUAGGCAAUGAACGCUCUACUGAUUACGACGAGUGUGUGCUGCAAUGUGAUGCAUUCAUUGAGGAAAUCCUGGAUUUGCUGCGUAAGGAUGUGCCUUCAAGGCCUAGUUUUAGCCUUAUGUACCGUCUCAUAGACUACUACUUUGCCACAGACAAUGUUGAUAAAAUGAUAGCUACAAUGGAAGAUGCUGUUAGCUAUGGCAUCGAUAUCGCGGAGAGCAGCAGCGCCAAGCUUAUGCAACUCGCCUGCGCGCUCAACUAUCCCAAUGUCCCAGAGCUCUUCAUGCGAUGGCGCGUGACUUUGCCGCAGUGUGUUCUGGCAACACCAGAUAUGAGCAGACUGAUGUUUUACUAUAGUCGCUCCGGUGGCGGAAAGCCGUGCCCUAUGUGUGGUGAGCCCUUUAAUCACCGCAAUGUAGGAGUCUACCAGUGGAUGCAGACGCCGCCUCACCAACGUCUAUGCCCGGCCCUCAAGAUGGCACGGGUGGAGAAGGGGGAGUUGGAGGAGUGCCGCACUCUCCCACAGAACGCGGACUGGAGUCAAAAAGCUUUCCAGCUGUGGGAUCUGUCACGUCGCCGGUCGAUUGAGUGGGCUACAGUCGAGUGGCGGGCCUUUCUCCUCUGCUGCAUGUUCUCACCCAGAGCCCUGGAGGCCGUUGAGCUCCUUAAUAAACACCUCGACGAGAGCAGGAUGGACGAUUUCCUGCGAGCCACCUACCUAAGGUUGCUGCGACAUCACGCCCCUGAGCAGGCGGUGAUCACACUGGAGCGGUGGAAGGAGCACCACUACAAAAUAUCUCCAAUAGCCUUGCAAGAGGGUCUCAUGGCGGCUGCCGCAGUUGAAGAUGCCGCUUCGCGCUACUAUGGUGUGUGCCGUUUCUGGGAAGCCAUUUUGGAGAAGGACGCUUACAUAAUGCCUUUUACAAAGCGCAACUUGCAAGGGCGAUAUGCGGCACUCAAGCAACAAGUUGGUAACUUGUCAAGAGAGGAAACGAACAUUUUUGAAGUGAUCAUCGCGGCGGAGCCCGCACAGCUAUCCUUGUUGGAUAUGAAGGACAGUGCAUCCGAUUACGUGGUUGGGACAUCCAUGAAAAAUGUCUACACACAACCAUCCGCUUCGCAGCGCCCGAAUAGGAAGAAAACGCGGCCAAAUUAG